AUGAAGAAGGCCCAGAGCAUGUCUUCCCCGGCCAAAACUGAGACGCCAUCAUCUAAAAGAUAUCACCCGGCAGACUCCCCCGGCACAACAUCGCCUGCCGGCAAAGAUAUCGUCGACAUCCUGGAGUCAAUCGAUAAGCGAUUGUCCAGUUUUGAUGCGAGGCUGUCCCUGGUGGAGAUCUUACACCGGGAAUUUCAAUCUCUAAAAGAAUCCCUGGAGUUCAGCCAGAAGCAGGUGGAAACACUUGCUGCAGAAAACGCCACGCUAUGGGACUCGGUCAAAUCUCUAACCGAAAAUGUGACCCAAUUAAACUUAGAAAAUAAAAAAAUAAAAGAGACCGUUAUGGAUUUACAAGCCCGUAGCAUGAGAGAUAAUCUUGUGUUUUCUGGUAUUCCAGAGUCUGCCGGAGAGGACCCGGAAACGACCGUGAGAAGCUUCAUUAAAAUCCACCUGAAGCUGCCGGAGGACACGGUGAAAAACAUAGGGUUUGAAAGAGUGCAUCGCAUCGGGGCUCCGAAGACAGGAAGCGGGAGACCGCGUCCUAUUGUGGCCAAAUUCGGCCACUUUAAGCAGAAGGAGCAGGUGAAGAGUCGCGGCAGAGAGCUGAAAGGAACGGACUUCAGCGUGAACGACCAGUUCCCCAGAGAGAUUCUGGAACGACGCAGGGUCCUGUUCCCAGUCCGACGUAGUUUUAUUCAGAAAGGCUCCCGGGCUGUCAUCGCCGUGGACCGGCUCUACGUGGACGGAUAGCUCUACCGCGACCCCGGCAUCACUCCAUGGCUGUAUUGACCGCACACCAGAUAAGAAUCCGCUGCGCUAUUCUCUUCACUCACACUCUCUUGUAUUAACUUUUGCUUAACUAUGUAAUAUCAGUUUGCUAAUUUAGUAUAACGUUACCGUCACUCUCCGCCAAUGCUUUAAUUGGAAUGUUUCCGUUCUUAUUUCUUUUUCCCUCUCUCUCUCUUGUCGCUCACCUUGCUCUUUGGUUUCCUUGCUUCUCUUUUCUUUCACUAUGUCGAUCACCUGUUUCCCUAUCCAUCCACAAAGGACACUGUCUAUUUCUACAUGCUCACUCUGCACGAUCACGCACACACAUGCGUUUAAAGGCAACACAUUUACAACAGCCACACAGUGCACACAGAUAUAGGACACACACGCACACAUUUGCUCAUUUUAGUUAUUAUGCACACACAUAGUCAGACCUAUGGAGCUUCACGCUGCGCAUUUUCUUCUCUCUAUUUACAAAAAAAAAAAAAAUAAAAAAAAAAAUGAUGUGUUUCCAUUUUCCUCACCCGUCUAAGCAAGACACACAGCAUAUGUCAUUAGCCACAAACACACAACUAUGGGCACGCUAAGGUUUGUCUCAUGGAAUGUGCAUGGAGCUGGCUCUAGGGAAAAAAGGUUAAAAAUACUUAACCAACUUAAAAAACUACAGGCAGACGUUGUUUUAUUACAAGAAACCCACAUGCCUGUCACAGGUCUGAAUAAACUUAAAACACCUGAGUUUCCUAAUGUGUUCUCAGCCUGUUAUAAUUCUAGACAAAGAGGAGUAGCAAUUCUAAUACAUAAAAAUAUUAAUUUCACAGUACUCGAUACAGUUAUAGAUCCAGAGGGCAGAUUCCUAAUAGUCAAACUAUCUAUACUUAACCAAAAGCUAGGUAUUGUAAGUAUAUAUGGUCCGAAUGUUGAUGACCCCUCAUUCUUCCACGGUUUUUUUAGUGCACUCUCCGAACACCUAGAUUGCACAAUUGUUCUUGGGGGAGACCUCAACCUGGGACUAAAUGAAGAAAUGGAUAGGCUCAAUACAACAGGAACUCAGCGUAAUUGGCAGUCCACAAAUAUAAUCAAACAGUAUAUGAGCGACUUUGGUCUUUGCGAUGCAUGGCGCU